UAUCCAAGUCCGAUGUAGUACUUCGGCUUCGACCUAACAAGCGUCACUGUUCCAGCUGACGUGUUUGUCAAAAGUCGACCGGAGCCUUUUAUAGCAACAACAUACUUGACGUGUUGAACUGAACAGGACAGAUUGAAAUUUAACGGAGAGCCAUCUGGCGCUACAAUGAUCUCGAGGCCCAUCUUACUAAGGAACACCCCGACUCGGAAUAUACCAAUCCAGGCAAGCCUGAGGGUGUCGCACUUCCUCGUGUCGUGUUUGAUUCUAUGGUCCUCACCGCAGCCGAGGAGAAACGCGCAGGUGUUCCAAUUCGACCCGCCUUCACGCACUCAAAAGUGCAAGUGGCUACAUACUCGCCAGGCGCCGUCACUCAUUGGAAAUAAAACUGGUAACAAUCAAUCAAUUACUUCGCGUUAUCCAGAGGGUCAUUUUGUCUGUGUACUUGGAAAGGCAGAAAGCAAAGAGGUGGAUCAAGAGAGCCUCUUGUUGAAAUUUGAGGUGCCAUAUAGGCCCUUCGGAAAGGCGAUUCUUGAUUGUCUACCGGCAGAAGACGAGAAAUGGGUUGUCCCGCCUAAGAGUGCAACGAGUCCGGAGUGGAGAAAUUGCGCGCAUCAUGGAGGAACCUCACAUGGGACGCUUACAAAGGCCGUGUUUCACACGUCAAGUUUCAAUACUGUGUUCGCGGCUAAGGGCGGAGGAGAAUGAGGGCCGCAGUUGAGAGUUCAAAGAUCCUGACGGGCUUCUCUCGCGUCAUGGAUCUCUGUUAUACUUGAGACCUUCCCAGCGCCGACCAU